CCUGACGCACUUGCUGAAUCCGAUUGCAAAAGACAGUGAUAGAAAGAGGCAGACCAUGAGAGAGAGAGAAAGAGAGAAUUGCACAGAAGAGGAUAAAGUGACACGGCACAAAAGAGGGAGGGAACAAGAAAGAGGAAGACAGAGAUUGCACCAGAGACAGAACACACAUCAAUGUCAAUGGAAGAUCCAGACAGAUACACACACGCAUACACAAUAAGAAAGAAAAAAAGGUGAGCAAGAAAGAGAGAGAGAGGGGAACAGAUAUUGAGAGGGUGAGAGAGAGAGUGUGUGUGUAUGAGAGAGAGAGAAAGAGAGUGUGUGUGAGGGAGAGAGAGAGAGUGUGAGAGGAUGAUUAGGAGCGAGUGUCAGAGAGACCCUCGGCAGCGCUUGGCAGAGCGUCACUGAGAACUGGAGCGGUGUCUGUUAGAACACACGGCUGGAGCACAAGCACGUCUCAGGGGCUCUGAAGCGGCGUCACAGUAUUCCAGCACUCCUCGGGUUCUGUCGGAGAGCCGACGACGGGGACCCACUUUCUGGACUACAGGUCGGGUUCUUGUCUGUUCUCCACCUGCUGUCUUCACAAAGGACUGAGGAGCCAUCAGUGCUGUCAGUGGCAAGUGUGUGUGCGUGCUCACGCACGUGUGUGUGUGUGUGUGUCUGUGUGUCGGCAGACAUGGUAGAGUUUGACUGCUUCUGCCUCCAUCGACGGGAGAGGUAUUACCCCUAGGAAACCUCAAAUGGAUCCCCGGAAAGCAAAGCUACAGUUCGGCUAAGGAUCAAGCCAGGAGCCACUAGACACUCUCACACACUAUACCACCUGAAGACACACACACACACACACACACACAUAGAGAGAGACACAAACUCAUGCGUCCCUCCACUCUGGGUAGAGAGCAGGUCCAGUGUACUGCACUGUAAUUGGUCAAGACAGACCACUGUGUUCCACUCUCCCCCCCUAAUUGGUUCUAGCCAGAGUGGCUCACUCUCUGAGUCUCGCCUCACCGGCAUGAGCGUGGGCCGCCCGCACCGGUACAGCAUAGUUGGGUCGGACGAGGACGUCCACAGGCCUGGCAAGAUGCCCGCCCUUGGCAACGGCUUUGGCAAUGGCAAGAUUCAGACGCGGCGCAAGCGCCGGAACCGCUUCGUCAACAAGACGGGCCAGUGCAACGUGCGCUUUGCGCACGUGGAGGAGCAGUCGCAGCGCUACCUGGCCGACAUCUUCACCACCUGCGUGGACGUGCGCUGGCGCUGGAUGUUUGUCAUCUUCUCGCUGGUCUUCGUCCUGUCCUGGCUGGGGUUCGGCCUGGCCUUCUGGGUCAUCGCGAUGGUGCACGGGGACCUGGAGCCGCCGCCGCCGGCAGUUGACACUGGGGACGGGAGUGACGGUAACGCCGGGCCAAGCCUGACGCCGUGUGUCAUGCAGGUGAACAGCUUCGUGGCGGCGUUCCUCUUCUCGAUCGAGACGCAGACCACCAUCGGCUACGGUUUCCGCUGCGUGACGGAGGAGUGCCCGCUGGCCGUCUUCAUGGUGGUGCUGCAGUCCAUCGUGGGCUGCAUCAUCGACUCCUUCAUGAUUGGUGCCAUCAUGGCCAAGAUGGCGCGGCCCAAGAAGCGCGCCGAGACGCUGCUUUUCUCCCACAACGCCGUAGUGGCCAUGCGCGACAGCAAGCUGUGUCUCAUGUUCCGUGUGGGUAACCUGCGCAAGAGCCACAUCGUGGAGGCCCAUGUGCGCGCCCAGCUCGUCAAGCCUCGCUUCACCGAAGAGGGCGAGUACCUCCCUCUAGAACAGAUCGAUAUCGACGUUGGCUACGACCAGGGCUACGACCGCAUCUUCCUCGUUACACCUGUCACCAUCCUUCACGAAAUCGGUGAGGAGAGCCCCCUCUUCGGCCUCAGCCAGCAGGACCUGGAGACUGCCGACUUCGAGAUCGUGGUCAUCCUCGAGGGUAUCGUGGAGGCCACGUCCAUGACGGCGCAGGCACGCAGCUCGUAUCUGGCCAGCGAGAUCCUGUGGGGCCACCGCUUCGAGCCAGUGGUGUUCGAGGAGAAGAACCAGUACAAGGUGGACUACACACACUUCCACAAAACCUAUGAAGUGCCCAGCACACCACGUUGUAGCGCCAAGGACAUGGAGGAAAACAAACUGGUGCGGUCGGGCAGUGCCAAUUCCUUCUGCUACGAGAACGAGCUGGCCUUCCUGAGCCGAGACGAGGAGGACGAGGAGGUGGCUGAGCAGGAGGAGGGGCGAGCAGAUCGAGGAUCCGAGCUGGAGACUCUUUCGGCCAACUUAAACUUGGAUCAGAGGUCCUUUCACAGGGAGUCGGAAAUCUGACCUUCUCUCGAGCCUUCUGGCUGAACUCCAAUACUGAUGUCUGACAGAGUUGGUAUGCAAAGCUGUCAUUACAGUUUGGUUUUUUCAAGAGUAUUAUGGAGAACAAUGCAAGAGCCAUAGGCCAAUAUAACUACUGUACAAAAAAUGCACCUACUGCAAAUCAACUUAAUGGUCCCAAGAGUAACUGUAUAGGAAAAUGGAGAAAAUAGGUUGGACAGCUGACUGAACAGAACUGAACUGAACUGGGACUUGGGAUGGGACUGGGACUGGGAUGUGACAAAUUAGAAUCAUCCCUGAAGAAAACUUGAAUUUUCCGGCAGUAGAGUGAGCUCAGAGCUUUAAAUAAUGCAAUAAGAGACUAGGGCGCCAUUCUGUGUCAAUAAUAUCUCUACCUUCUCAAGAAGUUUGACGCCAUGUCCAUCUGAAAUGGAGUAGGUCUCCUUGACGCCUAAGUGUUUUCUUAUCCAGUCUAUGAUUAUCAUGCAGGCGGAAGCCAUUUUGGACACAGUCACAGUGACCCUCACCUAGAAGCCCUUCAUAUGUUACAAGCAAUGAAGCUAGCAGUCCCAAGUAGGUAGUUUGGUAUGCUAUUUUAAGCCCCAACUCAGUGCCAAGAUGAUGUGCUGUAAUACCAACCCUAGGAUGAAAUCGAUGACGAGCAAAAAAACAACAAACUUUGAUUGCACAUAAGUAACUUCUUUUUUCACUGCCUGACAGGACUGCAAACAGCUACAGUUCUUUAUAGAUUGCCCUGAUUCUACAGGUUUAAUAAGACACUUUUGGGGGGCGGCCAGAGCUUGCUGGACAAUUUUUCAGUAUGGCAUACCACCCCCCCUAGAGGCCCGGAAAGGUGCAUUAUCUCCACUUAGUGUCCAGGAGCAUUAGACUCCCACGAGGUCUCUGAGCGUCCUUCAGAAUGCUGCUUUCCUUGUUGGUACGCCUGCUUCUUGCAAGUAGUGUGCUAGUGAGAGUAAGAACAGUCUGCUUUUUCUUUUUUGAAAAUAAUGAUAAAAAAAUGAGGCACUGGACAGAAGUAACCGAAGUGGGAGGUGGUAAUAGUCACAAAAAAACGUUGUCUUGAAAAGUUGUAUUUUCUUCACGGUCUGUCUGUCUGGACUGUUUGGUUCAGUAUCACUGUAAAAGUGGAAGAAGUAUUUAUUUAGAUAUUGCUAAGAGCUUUGGGGAACAUUUCUGAUGUAACUGGAGUGGCAUAGCACAUUUUAUGAAAUAUAUAUUUAAGCAAAUGUAAAUAGAUUAGUAGAUGUUUUAAAGACUAUAGGGUAUAUGUAGACACAGUUGUGAACCUCAUGGAUAUCCUUGCCAGGGUUUAAGUAGAAAGGGCAAUAAUAAUAAUAAUCUAUUUAGUCCCAUACACCGCUUUACAUGUGUAUGCAAAUACUGAAGAUAAGCAAUCUCAUAUGGCUACAUAAGCCAGUGGGGUUGCUAUGAGAAAGAGAAACAUUGACCUCUGACAGCACAAUGUCAUUAAAAUGCCUAAUAUCAAUCAGGGACUAAAAACAGUAUGAUUUCCAUUUCGGUUCGUUCUGAGCAAAAACAUUAUUUUUGCGUUCCCGUUCCAGUGUUCCAAGGCCUCUCCUCUAAAUUGUAACUGGCUGUUACUGUGUUAUGGAAAAAUGAUUAAUAUACAGUAGUUCCUUCAAAAAUGACAUUGCCUUUACAAAGUGAUUUAUUGCAGGUGGCACAAUAACCUGAGCUUUUUCUGCCUUGAAGCUUAAAUGAAAGCACAAUAGAUAUCAAGGGUAACUGUUACAAGCACUGUGCCUGAAUUUAGGCGAAUUUAGGCAAAAAAAUGAAAAUAGGCAUUUAGCCGAUAUAAUAUAGAGAUCUAGCCUAACUUCAGGCACAGACAUUUUCCUUGCUUUAAGCCCUAUAAAAGUCGAAUCUAUGCAUAUUGCUAUUAAACUGCAUGACACUAGACCUAGGUAUUUUCUUAGUGUCUCUGGUAUAUUUAACACAAUGUUUCAGUAGGCUACUAUUUGGAAACAGUGGUCAGACUAUUGAAAUCCAUCUUAUCAACACAUAGUAGACCUAGCCUAUUAUACAGGAGAGACACUGAUUCUUGAAAAUCUAAAUUUAGCCUAUAAGGGGUCUGCGGAACACUGUGUGGGCAAGUGAUUUCCAAGCCAUGUGGACUUUUGAAUUAUAUUCAAGGUAAAGUUCAUUGGAAUGACAAUUACCGUUAUUAACCGGCUAUCUGAAAUUGAAAAUAGUGUUUUCACUCUUGGUUUUGUACCCGUUUUUGGUUACGUUUGUCCAAACAGUUAGUUCAUUUUUGGUUUUAGUUUUUGCUUUUUGAACCAUUUCAAAUCCCUGAUAUCAAUUUACUUGUACUGUGUCUCACAGCAGCUUGACUUAACCGCUGGGGAAGGUGUGGAGGAGAAGGUAGAGAGGGUGUGUGUGUGUGUGUGUGUGUGUGUGUGUUGGAGGGAGGAGGAGGGGGAGAGGCGUGAAGAGAUGAGAUAAGUGUUCACCCGGUGACUCCAUCCAUCAUUGUGCUCUGCAGGAGGCACAUGUACUGUAGGCCUGAUUAAAUGAGGUGGCCUUAUGUAAGGUCAUUUAAAUAAGUUUAAUGUAUCCUAAAAUGAUUACAGCCAAACUUCUCAAUGUAGUUGACAAAGUUAAGGAAUUAUCAAGAGAGAGAGAGAGAGAGAGAGAGAGAGAGCAGGCUUAUCCUAUCUAUGCACACACACACACACACACACACACACACACACACACAUGUACAUGUGCGCUUGCGCACACACACAUACACACACACUCUUUGAGAAAAUGUCAUCCUGUAACCUUAGUAACAGAUCCCCUCGUGAGUAGGCUGUAGUGAUGUCACAUCUUGUAUAGAUAACCAAAGCAACCCACAAAGGAUGAGACUGACUGUCUGUCUAUCUGUCUGUCAGUCAACGUUUCUUUUCUUAAGUCAGUUUCUUUAUGUAGGUUUAUUUUUACCCCCCCCCCCCUUUUUGUUUUGCUCUGUAUUGUUAUAUGGUGUGCUGAAGCAACACUCAUCCUCAAGUGUAUGACUAUGUCCUGUCUAUCAAAGACGACAUAAUUAAGUUAACAAGUGUAACCAAGGCGACGGGUGUAAUUAUGGUAACCACCAGGGGAGAGCUGAGCCUUGAUUAGAUCACCCUGUGUUUUUCCGCAUGUCCCUAGGAAACGCUGCUGUUAGGACAACCUCAGAUGAAUUCCCUUUAUCAUUUUAUUCAGUCAGACCCUAGCACUUAACACUUCACACGUGGUGGCAAUAUCACACACACUCACACACACACACACACACACACACACACACACACACAUACACACACAAUCAGUGUACAAAUUCAUUUACAAAUGAAGCCAUAGUUGCAAACAAAUGUAUUGUUAUUUCUGUAUUGUGCAUUUUAUGACCAGUUGUUUCCAUUUCAUGAUCAUCUUUUCUUGUGUUUAAUUUUAGUCUCACAUGUUACCUUAUAGCCUCCCACAAGGAACCAUAUACUGUACAAUUGCAUAAUUGUACACCUACCAAUACAUGCACAUAUACAUAUACGUACAUGCACGCACACACAUACACACACAUGCGCACACACACACACACACACACACACACACACAUACAUACAUAUAUUUUCACUCUCACAUACCAAGCUAUAUUAGAUGAAGGAUCUACACCAUGAGGAUGUUGUGGGACCUGUGAGGGAGGCAACAGUAUGUUCUGGCAAUGCAUCAUCACCAUGGUUACUCUUUCUUUUAUAAGAAUGCCUGUGUGAACUAUGACCUCUGUGGAUGUCUUCCUCUGAGCUCAGAUGACAGGAUGCUGGUCAAGUCUGAUUCCUCUGGA